AUGCAUUCAUUUUUCAGUCGAUUAAAUACACUAUUUGCUUUUACAUUAACUGUUCUUGCUGUUCUAACAAUUGGUGUAUUUUUUUCAACUUUUUUUGAAAAAUAUCAAGAUACUGUAGCAAUUGGAGUAAAUAAACCAAUUGUAAAACAUAUGACGGAUUUUUCGGCUAAUCGAAAAAAGAAUGAUUUAGGUGUAUUACAACUUAAUUUAGACAUGAAUCUUGAUCAUUUGUUUGAUUGGAAUGUUAAACAAUUAUUUUUAUAUUUAGUCGCAGAAUAUAUGACACCAACUAAUGUGAGUAUUUACUUUAAUUUAU